AUGCGUCACGGAGAGGAGCUCGAGACGGCCACGCGAAGGGGGAAGUAUGCCAUCAUCGCUUCCUGCAGCGAAGCACACUUCCAGGAAGCCGAGACGGCCAUCCGCGAGCACAACCGCGAUCGGCCCCCAGGGCAUGGCCUCGCCAAGCGGGCUUGGGCCACGUCAUGGGACGUCUACGAUGGCUCUGCGUCGCAUCCCGCACAUGCUGCUCCAAGCGCACCGCCUCCGCUGAUGGGGGCGCGGCCGUCCAUCGGGUCCGCAUCUUCCAAUCGCCAGCGUGAGCGCGUGGUGCGGAUGCGCACCUCGAUAUGA